AUGUCACCUCGAUCAGCGCUUCUGUCUCUUCUUCUCUCUGCUCUGCCGCUGGUGUCAGCCCAGGAAUGCACUCUUCAGUUCGACGGCAGGAUACCCGAUGGCUUCGCAGCCGCCGACUUUGACCAGGCGAAUAACAUCUUCAGCCCCGACAAUGUCUUCGGCCAAGGCCUCGCUUUCAGCCAGCUCAUCCAGCUCCCCGCGAUAGGCGCCUCCCUCUUCGACGACGCCACAGUCCCCUUCGAAGUCACAAUCUCCGACGACUCCAUCUUCGCCCCCUCCGCCGACAACAUCCAAACCGGCUUCCGCCGCGCCGAGCUCCUCCCCGCCUCCAACGACGGCACCGACCCUUCCACCACGGGCGUCAAGACCCUGCAUUUCAGCCUCAUGAAGGACAACGCGCGCGCCUUCAACCUGUCCCACGAGUACCAGCUCGUCUUCCUCGAGAGCGCCGACUUCUCCACGAACCAGUUCGUGCUGAAGACGGGCACGAUUCUGGGCGGGAAUACGGCUGAUCCGGAUACCCUGCAGCUUUUUGGGAAUGUGAAUCAGGGCCAGUUGUUGUUUAGUACACCUUUUACGGCGGGGGUGUUUCAUAACUUUGGUGUCGUGCUCGACUUUGAUGCUCUUACGACUCAAGUCUUGUACUCGACCGGCGACGACCCGCUCGAGGCCCAGACCGACGCCAUCGACAACGACGUCAGCGGCGAGGGCCAAUUCCACUUCGGCGUCCUCAAGAAACCCACCGACUCCGCCGGCGACAUCACCAAGGACGGCUUCCAGGAGGCGGGCAUCGAUGAGGGGUUAAUCUACGCGGGCAUCUUCCAGGAGGAUUCGUCGGACGGUUGCAUCAGCUUGUCUCUGUAA